ACUUUAUUCUUAGGGAAGAUAUUGACACUUUUGAAAAUUAUAUGUGGCAGAGCUUUGAUUACCAAUCGGACACAUUGUUAACGGGCAUGAAGUUGGGAUGGAACUUGAAAACUGACUUUCAGAGAACUAUGACAGCAUGGAGAAGUGCCAGUGAUCCAGCCCCUGGAAACUUUACUCUAAGACUUGAGAAAAAUGAUGUACCUGAGUUAGUCAUUAGCACGCCAUCAAAAAAAGUAGCCCGCAGCGGACCAUGGAAUGGUUUCCAGUUUAAUGGUAUUCCCAUGAUGCACAACUUGAUCUUCAAACCAGAUUUGGUGCAUAACGAAGAUGAGUCAUACUACAUGUAUGAUGUUUUCAGUGACACGGUUGUGACACGAUUAAUAUUGGAUCCAUCUGGCUCAAUUCAGCGUUUGAUAUGGGACGAGGGGAACGGAGAAUGGAAUCGUUUGUACUCUUUGCCAUAUGACAUAUGUGACCAUUAUGCAGAGUGUGGUGCUAAUGGUUACUGCAGAAUUGGCAAGACAGGUUUGUGGACACCUAUUUGUGAGUGCUUAAAGGGGUUUGUACCUAAUUCAGAAGAAGGGGACACAACUCAGACUAAAAAAUGUGUCAAGAAAUCGUCAAUGGAAUCAGAAUGCCGAAAUGGAGAAGGAUUUCUAAAGCUUGUGCGGAUGAAAGUGCCUGAUUCUCCUUGGUUGAAUGAGAGUAUGAAUUUUCAGGAAUGUCAGGCAGAGUGCUUGAAGAAUUGUGCAUGCAGCGCUUUCUCGAAUCUGGAUAUCAGGGGAAAGGGUAGUGGCUGUUUGAUGUGGUUUGGAGACCUCACUGAUAUGAAAGAAUGCUCAGAAGGAUUCACUUGGGGACAGGAUAUUUUUAUACGAGUUCCAGCUUCAGAACUAGUUAACGAUUCGCGCAAAAGAAAAGUAGUAAAAAUUGUCCUGGUGGUCUCAACAGUCGCUGGCUUCUUUAUAUUGGUCAUGGUACUCUGCAAAGCUUGGAAGAAAAGAAAGAACAAAGGUAAGAAAGAAGUUCAAACUUUAACAAGCAUGGAGAAGAGAAAGGGGGAAAUAGAAGUACCUUUAUUUGAUUUGGCUACCAUUGCUGCUGCAACUAACAAUUUCUCUAACGCCAACUUAAUUGGCGAGGGUGGCUUUGGUCCUGUUUACAAGGGAAAUCUUUCAGAGGGACAGGAAAUUGCAGUCAAGAGGCUUUCAAGAAAAUCAGGACAGGGUCUUGAAGAAUUCAUGAAUGAAGUAAUUUUAAUUGGAAAGCUUCAACACAGGAAUCUUGUUGCACUUGUUGGCAGCUGCAUUGAAGGAGAUGAAAGGAUGCUAAUCUAUGAGUAUUUGCCCAACAAAAGCUUGGAUAACUUUAUCUUCGAUCGUGAAAGAAGCAAACUAUUAUCCUGGAAAAAACGCUUAGAUAUUGUUAUUUGGAUUGCAAGAGGACUUCUCUACCUCCACCAAGAUUCUAAACUUCAAAUAGUUCACAGGGAUCUGAAGACAAGCAAUAUUUUAUUAGAUAUUGACCUGAAUCCUAAAAUUUCAGACUUCGGGUUGGCAAGAAUUUUUGCAAGUGAUGACAAAGAAGUGAACACAAAGAGAGUCGUCGGAACAUAUGGCUAUAUGUCUCCUGAGUAUGCAACCGAGGGCACAUUUUCAUUGAAAUCCGAUGUUUUUAGUUUUGGUGUGCUUCUGCUAGAGAUAAUAAGUGGUAGAAGGAAUAGAGGGUUCCGUCACCAAGACCACCAUCAUAAUCUUCUUGGACAUGCUUGGCUACUGUGGAAUGAUGGAAGGGCCCUGGAUUUAAUGGAUACAUGUUUGGAAGAUUCUUUCAUUGAAUCUCUAGUUCAAAGGUGUAUUCAAGUGGGCUUGUUGUGUGUUCAAAAGUUCCCAGAAAACAGGCCAGAAAUGUCUUCUGUAGUUUUCAUGUUAGGGAAUGAAGAGGUGGUGCUUCCUCAGCCUAAACAGCCAGGUUUCUUCACAGAAAUAAGUUUCAGCACAGAUACAACAUCUAGUAAAGAUAAAUUACAAACAGAAAAUGCAUUGAGCAUAACCAUUCAGCAGGGUAGAUAGAGUUUCAAGCAUUACUUUGGUGAUAGUUUUACUGUUAAGGAAUGCAGCAAUUAUACAUAAAUUUUUCCUUUACCUUAUAAACUUUAAAGACUUAUUUGUCAUUGAAUAACUUGUAGAAAAUAAUUGUACGAGUGUUUUCACAAUGUGUUAAUUUGAAGUGGAGAUUGAUUUCUAGUAAAUAUCAGUGGCAAUGUGGAUCCACUCA